CCAGAAGCAGAGCUGCCGGCGCGCCCAGACCGCGUGGCCCCGCUCCCGCCCGCGCACCGCGCCAAGCCAGGCCCGCGAGAGGCCAGAGGCGCCUGGGUCUUCAGACGCACGGGGGAAGCGACGCGAGCCCAGCCUGGGCGAUGGCGGCAGGGUCGGUGCACCAAGUUGUGGAGAAGCUGCAGGCGCGCCUGGCCACCAACCCCGACCCGGAGCAGUUGUGGAGAGAUUUGAAGACACUCUCCGCCUUGCCUAUCUCAGUAGCCAUUCUCGCCGACACCGGGGUCGGCAAGACAGUCAGUCGCCUGCGCAAACUCGAGCAGGUCGGGAGCCUUGCCAGGGACUUGGUGGCCCAGUGGAAGAAGUUGGUUCCUGUGGCAGGAAACACUGAGCCCGAUGAAAGGGACUUGGAGAAAAGCGAUCCCCGAAAGCGCCCCAGGGACGCCCUUCCGAAGGAGGGGGAAAUGGAAAGAGACCACCAAGAACUCGGCAGAUCCUCCCGUAGCCGAUCAGACGGCUCUGAGACCCGACAGAAAAAACACAGAAAACCCUCAGAGCUCGAGAGGCCCCGCCAAGUGUCCCACAGUCGUGAGAGGCCAGAGGAGAGAAAGAAGUGCCACAGAGUUUCCUCAGUUUGUUCUUCAGAGCUAGAAUCUUAUGAUUGCGACUGGUCCCCUCCAUCGUCCGCUGGUCCGCCUCAGAUGUCCGGGGACCAUCACAGACGCCCGGCCGAGGCCCACGUUGCACGCCAGAGGCCUGGAGAAGGCCACUCUGAUGCCUCCCAGGACAGACGGGGGCUCAGCUAUGAACGUCACCUGGGUGCACCCCAAGGGGAAGGGGCUGUGAGUCAAAGCAAGGAGCACAAAUCUUCCUACCAGGAUGAACGCCCGGUGGGUGCCAAGGGACAGAAGUUCUCUGUUUCGAUCACACACCAGGCCUUCCCCAGAGAGGAAAGCUCGAGGCCUCUCUUCCGGGACAGCGCAAAGGAGAAGCCGCCCUCUAGUGGUGUCAAGAAAGAGAAGGAGAGAGAGGGCCGCUGCGUCCAGAAGUUCUCCCCUCCCUCCGAGGUGGCUUCAGACCACCACCUCAAAAAGCGAAAGCACAGAGACUCAGAGAAAACCAAAUCGGACCAAAACAAGGAAAGUCUAGACACCUUAGACACAGGAAUGGGGCCAGGAGGCCCGCUGCCCAAGGUAAAAGAGAAGGUUUCUAGCAACCUAAAGACUCAAGGGAAAGUAAAAACUUCUCAUUGGGAUAGAAAGUCAGGGGGCUCCCUCCGUGAAGUUGCGGAGGCAGAUACGGAUGACGAAUUCCAGCCGCCCUCCAUGUCUUUUGAGUCAUACCUCAACUACGACCAGCCCCCGAAGAAAAAGAAAAAGAUUGUGAAAACUUCAGUCACUGCUCUUAAAGAAAAAGGACUUAAAAAAAAUGACUCUAAAAGCACUAGUGAAAACUUGGACUCAGUUCAGGAAUUGCCUAAGGUGAAUGAAAGCAAGUCGGAGAAGCUGCAGCUGUCUGGAGCCGAUUGCGCCAAGCUGAAAAAGGUCCCCACUGAUGCGUUUCCAGUGUUGCCAGACCUCCCAUUACUCAGCGUCAGGGCCAGUUGCUGUCCACUUCCUGCCUUUGAAUGGAUGCCCUCCGUCCAGCCAAAGCCAAAAGCACUGUCUUCACCCCAGGAAGAGGAAGAAGCCGGAUUUACUGGACGCAGAGUGAAUUCUAAGAUGCAGGUGUUUUCUGGUUCCAAGUGUGCAUAUCUCCCCAGAAUGAUGACCUUGCGCCAGCAGUGCAUCCAAGUACUUAAAAACAAGAUCGACUCAAUCUUUGAAGUGGGAGGAGUCCCGUAUUCUGUUCUUGAACCCAUUUUGAAGAGUUGUACGCCUGACCAGCUGUAUCGCAUAGAGAAAUACAAUCAUGUACUAGUUGAAGAAACAGAUAAAUUAUGGAAAAUUCAUUGUCGCCAAAACUUUCAGAAAGAAAGGCCUGAAGAGCAUGAGUCAUGGCGGGAGAUGUACCUGCGGCUUCAGGAUGCCAGAGAGCAGCGGCUCCGAGAACUGGCAGUGAAUAUCAAGUCUGCACAUGCGGAUAUGCCCAAAGGCCGGCAAGCAAAGAUGAUCCUUUUCAACUCCGUGGCCAAGACGCCUUCUGAUGUUCCAAGGAGGCAGGAGAAGUUUGAAGCAGGAGGAGCAGCUGUCCGGGAAAAAGCCAUGAUGAAGCCAGUCCCAUACCCCACAAGAAGCAGCCCUGCUCCCUCCAGCUGUGCCAGCAGCAACAGCGGUAACCUCAUCCCUGAGAAGCCGGCCUCUGACUGCCCAGGCACCAGCAGUGCCCACUUGGUGCAGGUGGUCAGCAACAGGAAACCUGCAAAGAAAAUUGCCCCGUUGAUGGCCAAGACAAUUAAAGAUUUCAAGAAAAGAUUCUCUCGACGAUAAACUGAAGACUUGCUUUGGAGAUGGAAUCUCAGGGGGAGCAAUACAAGGGCAGUGGGGGUUAGGGAAUGGAACUUCCAAAGGAGACUGGAGUCUUUAGCUUUGUGGAAACUUUUGGACUCUGACUCUUGUAGUUUUCAAGUGUUGCAUCUGUGAACCUAUGUGCCACAGCCACAGCCUCCCUACCUGGAGAACACUUUGCAAUUCUAAAGAUGAGAAGCCUCAGUCUCACCGAGGAUUAAAAGAUCAAUUAUACUUUUGUUGUUUACUAGCUUCUUUGUAAAUAAUAAGGCACAGUUAAUUAAUAAACAUUAUCCCCAGAUU